AAGAGAAUCUUCUUCAUAAUAAAGGGUGACUGGUGGUGAUAGUGCGUGACAUAGUAACUGUAAUCCCAGGAGACUGGUGACGUGCCAGCCAUGGAGUGAAGGGCAAGGGCCAGGUGUCUUGGUUGCAAAGGCUUUACUUCUGCUUCUCUUUGGCCUUUUCUUCUCUUUACUUUCCUCUCUACCUUCAGAAAAAUCCUUUCUUUCCCUCUGUUCAUUAAAGAUUUUGCAUUUCGCUUUCCUGCAUAUUAUAUUUCACUACUAUCUUUUUGACGCCGAGUGAUUGCAAUUUGCUGAGACAACAAUGGCCCUUUCUUCACCUGAUGAUACCUGAGAGUACCCAUCUGACGGUUCUGCUUUUUUUGCUCCCUCAGCUAGGGUACUUAGUCAGUGGUUAUUAGUGCUGAGAGUGUUGAAAUCUUGGUUUCUGGAAAAGAUGAGUGGAGCUGUGCUUGUGGCUGUAGCUGCUGCGGUUGGUAAUCUUUUGCAGGGAUGGGAUAAUGCAACCAUCGCAGGGGCUGUUCUAUACAUAAAAAAGGAAUUUAAGUUGGAAAGUGAACCAACUAUAGAAGGGCUAAUUGUGGCCAUGUCGCUUAUUGGAGCCACUUUGAUAACUACUUGUUCUGGAGCCAUAUCAGAUUGGCUGGGGCGCCGUCCUAUGUUGAUAAUCUCUUCUGCACUUUAUUGUUUGAGUGGUGUUGUGAUGUUUUGGUCUCCCAAUGUUUAUGUUCUACUCUUGGCAAGGCUUUUGGAUGGAUUUGGUAUUGGUUUGGCGGUAACUCUUGUUCCAGUUUACAUAUCUGAGACUGCACCCCCUGAAAUCAGGGGAUUAUUGAAUACUCUUCCUCAGUUCACUGGAUCUGGUGGCAUGUUUAUGUCAUACUGUAUGGUGUUUGGCAUGUCCUUGAUGAAGGCACCGAGUUGGCGAUUGAUGCUUGGGGUUCUUUCUAUUCCGUCUCUUGUUUAUUUUGCUUUAACUAUAUUUUACUUGCCCGAGUCUCCAAGGUGGCUUGUCAGUAAAGGAAGAAUGCUUGAGGCCAAGAAGGUUUUGCAGAGGCUUCGUGGCAGGGACGAUGUAUCUGGUGAGAUGGCUUUAUUGGUUGAAGGACUUGAUGUUGGGGGUGAAACAUCAAUAGAAGAGUACAUAAUUGGCCCAGCCAAUGAUGUCACUGAUGACCAAGACGUAUCUGCAGACAAAGAUCAUAUCAAGUUAUAUGGCCCUGGACAAGGUCUCAGCUGGGUUGCCAAACCUGUCACUGGGAGCACUGUUGGUCUUGUGUCUCGGGGUGGAAGCAUGGCAAACCAGAGUGUGCCUCUCAUGGAUCCUGUUGUCACCCUCUUUGGUAGUGUACAUGAAAAGCUCCCAGAGAUGGGAAGCAUGAGAAGUAUGCUUUUUCCACACUUUGGCAGCAUGUUCAGUGUGGGAGGGAAUCAAGCUAGAAAUGAAGAGUGGGAUGAGGAAAACCCAACCAGAGAGGGUGACGAUUAUCCAUCUGAUGCUGGUGGUGAUGAUUCUGAUGAUAAUUUGCAGAGUCCGUUGAUCUCACGUCAGACAACGAGCAUGGAACCACCUGCCCAUGGAAGCGUUUCAAGCAUGAGGCAUGGCAGUUUGAUGCAAGGAAAUGCUGGAGAGCCGGUUGGCACUGAGAUUGGUGGUGGUUGGCAAUUAGCAUGGAAAUGGUCUGAGAGAGAAGGCCAAGAGGGGAAAAAGGAAGGAGGCUUUAAAAGAAUUUAUUUGCAUCAAGAGGGUGUCCCUGGUUCUCGUCGUGGAUCUCUGGUUUCUAUGCAUGGUGGUGACGCCCCUGCAGAGAGUGAAUUCCUCCAGGCUGCUGCAUUGGUUAGCCAACCAGCUCUUUAUUCCAAGGAGCUUGUGAAUCAUCAUCCAAUUGGACCAGCUAUGGUUCACCCAUCUGAAACUAUGGCUAAAGGGCCUAGUUGGGGGGAUCUCUUUGAGCCUGGAGUCAAGCAUGCAUUGGCUGUUGGGGUUGCAAUCCAAAUACUUCAGCAGUUCUCUGGCAUAAAUGGGGUUCUCUACUACACUCCUCAAAUUCUUGAGCAGGCAGGUGUGGGUGUUCUUCUUUCACACAUGGGGCUUAGUUCAGCUUCUGCAUCUCUGCUUAUUAGUGCAAUUACAACAUUGUUAAUGCUCCCUUGUAUAGCUGUUGCCAUGAGGCUUAUGGAUAUCUCUGGAAGAAGGACUUUGUUGCUUUCCACAAUUCCCAUCUUGAUAGUCUCUCUCGUCGUCCUAGUCAUUGGAAGCGCAGUGAAUCUAGGCAGUGUUGUGAAUGCAUCUAUCUCCACUGCUAGUGUUAUAAUCUACUUUUGUUUCUUUGUCAUGGGAUUUGGGCCAAUUCCCAACAUCCUCUGUGCAGAAAUAUUCCCCACUCGUGUUCGCGGCCUCUGCAUUGCUAUAUGCGCACUCACAUUUUGGAUCGGCGACAUAAUUGUUACCUAUACACUUCCAGUUAUGCUCAAAUCUAUUGGUCUUGCUGGUGUUUUCGGGCUGUAUGCUGUUGUGUGCAUCAUCUCUCUGGUAUUUGUGUUCUUGAGAGUUCCAGAAACUAAGGGCAUGCCCCUUGAAGUAAUAACCGAGUUCUUCUCUGUCGGCGCGAAGCAGGCUGCAGCCGCGAAGAACAACUGAAUCUUGUUGCCUUGCAAUGAGAAGUUUUGAUUUUUUUUUGGUUAAUUUGUUUCAUUUGUAAUUUCUCUUAUGUGUGAGAAUCCAUAAUCUAUAUUCUUGUAGAAAGAAAAUUUAUGUAUGUUUUAGUUUUGUUGGUU